AUGGAAAUCAAAGUCUCGACCCUCCUCACCUACCUUCUCCUUACCGCCACCACUAUCAAUGCCGCCGCUGUUCCCCUAGGCGCACGUCAGCUUUCUGAGUGUUACGGCAAGGACUGUAUCGGCAACAAACGAGCCGUCGAGGUUGAGGAACGUCAACUGUCUGAGUGCUACGGCAAGGACUGUAUCGGCAAUAAGCGGGCCGUCGAGAUUGAGGAACGUCAACUAUCUGAGUGCUACGGCAAGGACUGUAUUGGCAACAAGCGGGCCGUUGAGGUUGAGGCACGUCAGCUGUCUGAGUGCUACGGCAAAGACUGCAUUGGCAACUAA